AUGGCCGCAAACUUUCCACCUUCUGCUCGAGGCUCUGCCACCCUGGAUCAAGGUCCCGCCUGGACAUUGAUGCAAAGAGUCAAGUCUCGACCCAAAUAUGACGCCCAAAACACGCCAGACGGCAUCAUCAACCUUUCUGGGGCGCUCAACGGUCUUAUGGAGGAUUGGAUGAGCGAAUACGCAGGCAAAAACCUACACUUUACCUCCGAAGCUUUGUCUUAUGGACCUCUCAGCGGGUCUCAGGCCCUCCUCAACGCCGCUGCUGCAUUUUUCAACCGCUUCUUCGAUCCGGUAGAGCCAGUGGCCGCUGAACAGGUGCUGGCAGCCAACGGUGUCACCUCGCUACUGAACAUGAUGGCGUGGACUCUCUGCGAUGAAGGCGAUGGAGUUCUUUAUACCACGCCCGGGUUUUACAUGCUCGACUUUGACCUGAGUGUGCGAACCGGCCUCGUCACAGUGCCAGUCUCAACGACUGGUUUAAAAGAUCCAUUCGGAUCUAAAGGGUCAAAUGAGCUCAUUGAGACGCUUGAAGCUGCCGCUGAUGAUGCACGGGACAAUCGGAAUGUCAACUGUCGCAUGCUGUGCCUGAGCAAUCCUUCAAAUCCCCAAGGGCGAUGGUAUUCCAAGCGGACUCUCGAGGCACUGGCGUCAUGGUGUGCACAACGGCAGAUGCAUCUCGUGGUCGACGAGAUAUACGCAUUGUCCAGCUUCUCCAAGGAGAACGGCCAGGGCAAUCCUGAUGACGGUGGCCUUGUUCCAAUGGCAAGCAUUCUCAGUAUCCCUGCUCAAGAGAAUGUUCACUGCCUCUACGGACUGAGCAAAGACUUUAAUAUGGGAGGCGUACGAAUGGCAUUUCUCGUCAGCAGAAAUGCUCAAGUGCGAGCUGCCGUCUCUAAAAUCACGUCGGUGCCCUCCUGCAUACUCCAGAUUGCACAAGUUGUUCGGAAUCACAUCUAA